ACGUGCCACUGUUUUGCGCCCUUGCCGGUUAAAACGGUGCCAGUCCGCAUUCCAGUCCGCGCGUGCUAUUGCCCCUAGUUGUUCCGAAAGCGUUCGCGAGAGCUUCGGACUCUAGAGGUCCCCAUCCUCCUCCAGCAUCCGCAGCAGUACGCUCCAGUCCUAAGCAUCAGCUCGUGCACUCUCGGACGAAAGGACAAAACGUGUUUCGAGGGAACCCGAGAGCUUGAAAGAGGCGAUUCGAUUCCAUCGAGCAGGACGUAUGGAAGAGUCCCAGGGACGCGGCUUGGUUCCUUAAAGGCGGGAGGAUAGAAGAAGAGAAGGAGGAGGAGGAGGAGGAGGAGGAGGGAGAUGGAUUCGUCUUUCACAAUAAUUUAGAUACACUGUCCUUGGCGCACGGGUCCUACCUACAUUUUUUUUUUUGUGUGCGUUCUCUUAUCCGAAAUAGUGUUGCUUAAUUGUGCGGGAGGUUUUUGCGCGCUGUAGCGCAUUAAAGUGCUUUGUUUCCAACCCCAAAGGACUUCUGUCACCUCCGUCCUGCGCCGCGAUGUCUGCUUCAUUCCAGUCCCUGUUCCUCGUGCUGCUCAGCGUGCUCUCUGUUGGGGCUCAGACAGAAAUGAAGAAGGUUGUUGGGGACAACGCGACGCUGCCGUGUCAUCACCAGUUCCGGCAGUCAAACGGACAGACGCUGGACAUCGAGUGGAUUCUGCAGAAACCCAGCUUCAAACAGCGCGUGAUCAUCACGUUUUUCAACAACGAAGUCUACACCAAUGAUAACCAGGCAGGCCGCCUGUCCUUCGCUGCAGACUACCUGAACGGCGAUGCCUCUCUUCUGAUUAACGAUCUCCAGCUGAGCGACUCGGGCGAGUACCACUGCAAAGUGAAGACGGGCGGGAAGUAUCUUUGGACCCAGGUUAAUCUCGUGGUCCUGGUGAAGCCGUCUAAGCCCCGGUGUUGGAUGGAAGGGCACUUGCUGGAGGGCAGCGAUGUGAAACUGAGCUGUAAGUCUUCAGACGGCUCCGACCCCAUCUACUAUAAGUGGGAGAGAGUCCUGGACAUGGGCAAAAGCGUGGGAAAGCUGCCGGAGUUUGCUCUAAUCGAUCUGAAGAACCCGGAGUUUGUGACGUUGAGGAACCUGAGUCACGAGAGCUCAGGCGUGUACAGGUGCACAGCCAGCAACGACGUGGGAGAGGAGAACUGUAUCAUUGAAGUUACUAUGCAGUACGUGCGAGGUGUAGGCGUGGUGGCCGGUGCUGUGGUCGGCGUGUCCUUCGGCGUCCUCAUCAUCAUCCUCAUCAUCUGGCUGGUCUUCCGCAAGAAAGAGAAAAAGAAGUACGAGGAGGAGGAGACACCCAAUGAGAUCAGGGAGGAUGCGGAGGCUCCCAAAGCUAAGCUUGUAAAACCCAACUCGCUGUCAUCUUCUCGUUCGGGCAGCUCUCGCUCCGGUGCCUCGUCCACCCAGUCCAUGGUGCACAGCACGGCUCCACGCAGCCAUCGACCCCGCCCCCCGGCCAUCUGCGCCCUCAAGGAGAACGGUCAACCCCCGGAGUUCUUGCAGUCCUCCCCAGAACCGCCCACUACCCCUAAAUUCAGGCUGCCUAAUCCACCAGUGGGCCUCGCGGUGCCCACUACAGGGGUCCUGAUGCCCCCACAGAGCAAAGCCUUUCAGACUGUGUAGGGGCAAGAAAAAAGAUCCAGUAACAUCUCUGGACAGGAAACACACACUGACUCAUCUAACUGCAGAUAUGUCGACUAUUGCAACUACCGUUAAAAGAAAUUAUGAGAGAAAAAAAACAAGCAUAAGAAGAAUUAAUACUAUAAAAUCUAAAAUCUAAAUGAAUGCAUACAUGAAAUCUUUUUAAGUGCUUGCCCGCCCACUGCUGAACUGUACAGAGAGAAAAACAUUGCCGUGUCACUCCUUAUUGCUCUUUCUCCGUCUCUUCAUCUUGCGCUCUCUGCCUGUCUGAACUUACCUUAUGUUAUUUUUAUCACUUUAUUGUUUUUUUUUUUUUUCUUUUUUUUCAGGAAGCAUAUUGAGCGACGAGCUGGAAAGAUUUGCCCCAAGUGACGCUUUAUUUAUUUAUUGAAAGUGAAGGGGCAGAGAAAGCCAGGGCAAGCCGAGUUUAUGAAAUAUCAGGGAUGAUGGGAGAAAAAAGAAAGAAGAAAAGAAAGCAUUAACAACAGCAGAUUGACGCUCUCCCCGUAGAAAGAUCAUCACUGGUGGAUUCCUGUGCGGAGUCGUUAAAAUGAGAGCGUCAGAGAGAAGACAGUCCAUUAAAACUUCUGCUGAUUCCCAUGAUGCAGUGCAGGCCCUAUAGAGAAUAAGAGGCAUUUCCAGUGACCACAUGCACACUGCAGCACAUAAAGAAAAAAUAAUUAUGAUUUUGUCAUAAUAGUUGCCAGGUAUUCGGUUACGGCACAUGUUUGACACACAACACUGUGGGACAAAUUCACCAAUUUCACAUUUAAUGUAUGUAUCUGUGUAUGUAUGGAGUCCCAUGAAGGACGGAUGUCCCAUCCAGGGGCUUCGAUCCCAGAGGUACUGGUUAUAACUAACUAAAUGAAUGAAUGAAUAAACAAUUUUUUUUUUUUUUACAUCUAUUCACAUAACAUCGAUAUUUUGCAGAUUUACAUUUCUAGACGACGUUAUGUACAGGUGUCUUGCUCUCGUGCUCGCUCAACUUUUUUUUUUUUUUAACUCUCAUUGCUUUACCAAAUAACUGUUAAGAAUUCUGAAAUAUGGGGGAAAAAAUCUGAGCGGAAAUAUUCCUGAAUGUCUUUUUAACCAAUGUAGCCAUUCGUUGUAUUUUGUUUGUUUGUUUUGUUUCCUUUCUAGAAUAUCCAAUGAUACUUUUCUAGCACUCGAGGCACAAAUAACUGAAUAUAUGGUAACAUCACCGUGCUGUGGAUAAGAGCUGGCAGCGGCAGGAACUUAUCUACAGCACCGGUGCGCAUGGAGGUUCUCGUGUAGGACUUUUCCGAUCAUGCUUUAAGAAGACAGCUGCCUGUUUUGUGUCAGUGACUCGUCGGGUUCUCGGGACAGCGCUGCCACAGGGCCGGUCAUUCUCCUCGUCCCGAAGUCCUUCCCAACCAUGUAGGUGCAUCUGAACACACAAGUAGCCUAUGUUGUGUGCCUUUGAGAUUUUACCUAUCCUGUGCAUCUGCUGACCCCAAAGCCAACCUUUUUGUAAGCACCGGCCCUGUGCAGGCUGGACGGCGAGGACGAGGUUGGACCACAAGGCAGUUGCUCCCUUUCAUCUAGAUCUAGUGUACAGUACAUACGAUGUUUUAUAUUGUACAUAUGAAUAGUUAAUCACACACAAUAUCCUUUUACAUGAAUGAGCGGUUGUCAAGAUCAACUGACAUAGAUACUGUAAAUGAAUACUAAAGCAUUUUUAAGGACUAUUUAGGGGGUCAGUCUACUCUGGGAGCCACUAGAACUAGUCUCUUCGUUACGAAUGACAAAUAACAGCGUCUCUCUCUUUCACUGUCUGUUUGGACUCAUUAGAAUCCAUAUCGAGUCUCAGUCUGGACUUUCACAUCAGUUUUUCUAUUCAAUUACAGCUAGAGUGAUUUAAAAAAAAAGGCACAAAGAAAUACGGAUGGGGAUUUAGAUCCCGAGUCAGAGGUGACAGUGGAGGGAAAGAAAAAGAAAUAAGGAUGAGGAUGAAAUCUUGACAGGAAGAAGGACUCCAGUUCUGGGUGAAACUAGAUAUUGAGAUUACACCGUAAAUCGUUACACUAUCAGUCUCUAUGAUUUAGCAGUUCUUUUUGUUUUCGUUCAUUUUGUUUAUUCAUAAAUUAUUGGGUGGAAUUUAAUUGUAAAAUCAAUUUCACAGAGAUUUAGUUCAUUGGCAUUAUUUAAACGUGAUCGGUAAUAUUUUAUUUAUAUCGGAUUCCUUUCUUUUAGCACUGAACAGAACACAUUCAGUCCCAGCAAACAACAUUAAUAUGCAGUGGUGGAAUUGUACUUUAUUAUUAUAUAUCAAUCUUAUUAAAUGACUUCUUACUCCUUAUAUUUUUACCUCAAACUUUUACGCUAUACAUCAAACUCACGCUCGUUCUUUAUUAUAGUAAACAUGUUGCGUGCGUGUUUCGGUUUGCUAAUGUACCGUACAAACACUCGAAAUGAGACGUCUCCUUCUCCAACCCAAAUAGUACAUUUUUAUAAAUUUGAUAACGAGCUGUCUGUAUUUAAUCAAGUUAACUCGUUUAAAUUGCUGAUGUCAGGGUCGAUUAGCAUGGAGUCCCGUAGCUAGCAUAACUGGCUAGAAUUCAACUCCGGUUCUAACGCAUGCUAAUGAUUGAUUUUUAACAAUUGUCAACAAAAACAAAAUAUACACAAAAAGCAAACAUAGAAAAACAUAGUUGCAUUAAAACAAAAAUCAAUGUUUUUUUUUUAUAUUAAUAAAAACUUUGAUUAACUUUUAAUAUUAACUUCAAUAUUAGGACAUUUUAAUUGGCUUCUUUUUUAUUAGUAAAAAUCUUUUUUGUUGUUGUUGUUGUUUAUAGUUUUUUGGCUGGAUUCCAGAUUUUGACUUUAAAUAUAAUUUCUCACCCAGUGCAUUUUCCACCUCUGGUUAUACAAUAUAUUUAUUACAGCUUUAUAUUGAGAUUUAUUUUAUAAUUUAUAUAUAGCCUGAAAUUCAGCAUGACCCUGAUCAGGAUAAAGUACUUACUGAAGAUUUAUGUGUUUGAGUUUAGAGGCUGGGAUUAAAGCCAAGGGACCAGUCCAGUCCAAUCCAGUCCAGUCCAAUCCAGUCCAGUCCAAUCCAGUCCAGAGUAUACGAGUUUAAUAAUACAUGCAAAAACUGGGGUUGUAAUUUCUAAUGGCAUCUAUGCAUCUAAGUAACUAAAAAAAACACACAACUCACCCUCCCAUAGAUUGCUCGUCUAAGCUUGAUUUCACAUCUUCCUGUAACCUUACUCCAUAAUUGUAUUACACACACACACACACACACACACACACACAGUAGUCUUACUUUUAUUUAUGACCACAAACUUGGCCAAAAAAGAACUGUCUCUAUUUCGCAAACACACACACACACACAUACAAACACACACAGACACACAUGAACAAACACAUACAUACACACAUACUGUAUGCAUAUACAGUACAUACACACAUACAAACACACACAAACAAAAACACACAGACACACACACAAACACAGUAGUGUUACUUCAUGUCCACACACUUGGCCAGACAAUAUAUAUAUCUCUCUCUCGCACACACACAGACACACACACACACUUGUGUUCUUACUUCCAAUUUAAGCGAGUGCUUGCAGCACGGUGUUGCAAGGUGCAGUGGCAUCGCUAAGUGUGAUGGAUGUGCUGUCAGCAGGGUGGAGGAUGAAGUAUGGAGCUGAGCCAGCAGGGAACACGGGCAAGACGCUGCGUAGCUUUAACCCCACUCCACUACACUGUAUCCACACAUCAAACCGCUCCUCAUGACAAAAGUGUGUGUUUGUCUGAAUCUCCAACAGCCUUCUCUGUGGGCCCGGCUCCUCAUCUGUUUAUGGUACCAUUUAUGAGUGUGUGUGUGUGUGUGUGUGUGUGCUGUCUCUGCACCAGCACUCGGACCCAAGGAAAUGAAAACAAGCUUUCCUCCAUCUGUUCUUCACAUCGGACUCUCUGGGUCUCAGGUGGCAUUUUAGCCAGUUUAUGAGUCUCUGUUCCAGGCGGCUCUACAUCUUCACACUCUCUCGCUCGCUCGAGCAUCAGGAACUGAUACGCAAACUCCAACAUGGCUCGAGAUUUCUAUAAUAUCAUAUUCGACAUAUUUGAUCAUCAUGUUGUGGGAAUGGUGAGGUUUUUAAAAGACGCUCACGGAUGCUGGUUUCCAGUAAGAGAAGUGAUUACUGUACAUCAUUAUUGUAGAAGCCCGACACUUGUGCUAGUUAGUAGUGUACAGCAUUAACAUUAACGCUGGCUUACUCAUGCUAUUAUUAUAACUUGCUUUAUGAGUUUAGUCCAAACUCUGCUACUGUUAAACUUUUUGACUAACUUCUGUCUACUCACUGAUGGUUUCCGGGUCAUUUUGGAGAACUUGCUAAAUGACUGAAUCUGAGCGUAUUUCUGUUGCAUCCUGGGAAAACCCUCACGCUGGAAAGUAUUUUCUUCAAAUCAGUCUGCUGUCAUCUCUACAGAGUGUGUAAGUGCUCUUCUUUGUUUUGAUGAUGAUGAUGAUGAUGAUGGUGAUGAUGAAAGCACAGGAGCAUCACAGACAUUUUUACAGCCCUGAUAUGAUCACAAACUACAUUCGAUUUAGAUUAUUUUAUCUUCUCUGUCAUGCAGCUACAGUACACGACAUGACUUCUUCAGUCAGACUGUUUGACUCGAUCGUGAUCUUUGCAGGAAGACACCAAGACACCAAUUUAGAAAGCAGCCUUAGUAAAAAACGUCUGGUUUUCCCAGAACGCCACGACUUCCACAAAUCCAAAAAAAUAAAAAAUCAUUCCACAGAUCUAUUAAAGGUGAUGGAACUUAAUGUAAUACUGUAAUCCUAUAACUAAUAAAAAGAAUCUUUCUCUCUUUUAAAGGAAGAUGAAGAUAAAUAUAUAUGGUUUAUUGGAGCAGAUAUUGGGUUCGCUUUGAAGUGGUGUUUUCUUUGUUUCACCGAGAUUCGUCUUUCUUUCUCUCUGAGUUUGUUCCAUUCAGUUUCUCUUCAUUACAGACCUCAGUGUUAGUACAGACUGUAGAGGAGGAUGAGUAGACUCCAGUAAAUGUCCCUUACUUUCCCUUACUUCAGCUUUAUGGUAUUUUUUUUCUCUCCAAACCGGUCCAUUUGUUCUCAAAGUGACCCAGUCUUGUAAAUAAAUCCGUCACAACUUAAAAAAAAUGUAUAUUUUUACGGAUUCUGAGAUAUUACUACUUUGUUUGCAAAUAAAAAUAUUCAACAAGUUC